AUGUGGAUGGUCCUCUCGUGGAACGACCAACGACUUAUUUUGAAUGCUUCGUUGAGUGCACAGAAAAGUAUUCUUGUGGACUCGAACAAAUUUUGGAAACCUGAGGUGAUCAUUGGAAAUAGUAUCAAAGGACAAGAGCUGCUGCAUAACGGAGGGUCUCUGCUGGUUACCAGUCAAGGAAAUAUUCGAUGGCUUCUCGCAGGGCCAGUAGAAACCAGGUGUUCUAUCAACAUUUACAAGUUUCCAUUUGAUACCCAGACGUGUUCAGUUGUAAUAGUUGGAUGGUUCGGUAGCAACAAUAAAAUACACAUCUCCAGUGAAACAGGUAUUCAUAUGGAACAAUUUGAAGAGAAUAGUGAGUUUGAAAUUUCUCAUGACAUUGAUCACGGUUACAAUGAAGGGAAGCUAAGUAUAACCUUCCAUUUGAAGAGACGGCCUCGGUUCUACAUCUUCACCAUCCUGCUCCCCGUUGUUCUGCUCUACUUCCUCAACAGCUUCGUGUUCCUGCUGCCUUCACAGAGCGGAGAGAAGACCAGCGUUGCCGUGUCUGUCCUCCUCAGCUUCCAACUGUUUCUGUCCAUCAUCAGAGAUUCCCUGCCAGAGAACUCCCUGACCGUCAGCCUCUUCAGCCUCUACGUGUCUCUGGCCAAUUUCACCAGUGUCGUCAUCGUCGUUGUCAACAUCCUCCUCCUGAAAAUUAAAGAGACACCACUACCGAAAUGGAUCUUAAGAUUGUGUAAAACAGACUCUGCUUCAAAUAAUGUAGAUGUUGUCAAUGUCAAUGUAGAGGAUGAAGAGCAGAAAAUGCCACUCUGGGCUGAUAUUGAAACUAAACUAAACAAGAUCUGUUUCAUGGGCUUCUUUGUAUUUAGCAGUGGUGUAACAGCUGUGAUUCUUGGGAUGUUGACGAGAUGA